CAGCCGCCGCCGCCAACAACACCGCCCGCGCCCCAAGAGCCGGCCCGAUCGCGCCCCUCCCGCACCGUCAGCCAACCCAACACCCGACCGGCCGGCAGCUCUUGCGGCGCCUCUUCCUCCGCCUCUCGCUCAGCAACCAUGAGGGCCAUCCCUGCGCCGGGCGUCCGCUUCCUUCGCUCCUUCUCCAGGGACAGCUGGUACCGGGGAUUAAUUCUGGUGCUAACCUUCCUGUGCUACACCACUUUUCAUCUCUCACGGAAACCCAUUAGCAUCGUAAAG